AAUGGACUUGGCCACCGCUUCGGACUUUGGAGUCCGUCAUUCGCACGUUCUUUCCUCGGUGGAAAUCCGUCAUCUACUCGAUAUCUCUCCUGCUACUGCUUCUAUCGCGAAGGAAAUUCGUGUUUGUGUGAUUGCCAUUGUGGUUGGGUGGACCACUACGCGCAUUGUCUCCGCAUUGUUGAACCGCAGAGCUCCUUCUGACCAGUGACGAUCUUCCCGCUGAUACAUCUGGCGCAGCAGCUCCUUUGGUCCUUUCUCAGCUGAGCUAUCUUGCUUGGGGUCCUUAUUCUUGGUCUUUAUCUGCGUCUCAUCCUCAAUAAUUCUUUCUUUGAACUUCCCUGUUUCAGUUGUUGCCUCGAAACCUGGUCACAGCGUCCCCGAACCUCUACGUACCUCCGAUUGAAUCGACGUCAUGAAGACCCCCGCUUCACUUUUUUCCUUUCUCGCCGUUGCGACCGCUCAAUCCGUGAUUGAAAGCUCGAGCUUUGGUUAUGGCCCAGCGCUGUCACGUACGCCGGGUUCAGGUUUCAUCCCGGGUUGGCAAGUGAAGGGCGAGGCGCAUACCCCUGAUAUUCUGUCUAACAAAGUAAUUCUUACGCCCCCUUACCCUGGAAACACAAGAGGAUAUGCCUGGGCGGAGUCUCCUGUAACUCAAUCAGAAUGGACCACGGAGUUCGAAUUCCGAGCGACAGGCCCCGAACGUGGCGGUGGUAAUCUCCAGGUGUGGUAUGCGAAGGAUGGGAAGGAUAAGAUUGGCACUUCGAGCAUCUAUACUGUCAAUCAAUUCGACGGCUUUGCCCUCGUCAUUGACAGCCAUGGUGGAAGGGGAGGCAGUAUUAGAGGAUUUCUCAAUGAUGGCACGACGGACUACAAGAGUCACAGAAGCGUGGACAGUCUAGCUUUCGGGCACUGUGACUAUCCAUACCGCAACCUUGGGCGUCCUUCUAGCGUCCGUAUCAAGCACACCAAUGCAGUCCUGGAGGUUACUGUUGACGACAAGCUGUGCUUUUCGACCGAUAAGGUCACUCUUCCAGCUGGCAAUUACUUUGGUGUCACCGCUGCCACCCCCGAGAAUCCCGACUCUUUCGAAGUCUUUAAGUUUGUUGUCAAGUCCGCCGAGUCCGGCACGGGCAGCACUAUCCCUGUCCAGCAACAGAAUGCCAAUCAGAACCAGCAACCGGUCGCUGCCCAGGAUCAAGGAGCUCAGCAGCAGCAACAGCAGCAGGGGGCUCGCUCGGGUGACUCUCGCUCGGUAACUGAGCAAUUCGUCGACCUUACCAGUCGCAUUCAAUUGAUCAACCAUGCUACGAACAACAUUGUCCGCGAGAUUGGUAACCAGGGAGCCAAGAGCGAGAAUCGUCACGUUGAGCUGCUCCAAAAGUCAGCUACCAAGGACCAAGUGGCCCAGCUCGAAGCCAGACUCCAGAAGAUGGAGGAUAUUCUAAAGGCCAUCCAACGGGAUUUGGAAGGCAAAGACUACCACGGCCGCUUCUCUCAACUACAGGAGACUCUGCGCUCGUCGCACUUGAGCUUGACCCAGGAAGUUCUGAACGGCAUUACUUCUUCCGCUCCCCGCAUGGGCUUCUUCAUCUUCUGCAUCAUCGCUUUCCAGGGUCUCCUUGCCGGUGCUUAUGUCCUCUACAAACGCCGCCGCAACAACAUGCCCAAGAAGUUCUUGUGAGCUUCCUGUCUCCAAUGAAUAUAGGGCAGCAACGGCCGCUUCUCAUUCGGGUUGCAUACACACACGCGCGCGCGCCCCUUCCUUUGAAAUCCCGACGUUCUUCAGGCCCUCCUUUCAUACGCAGCGGACGUCUCCUCCAACACCACCCUCACAUGGUAUCUGGCCAACCACUCAUGCCAGGAAGACAUGCCAUAGCAACCCAAGAGAUCUACCAAACCAUCUUGUAAACCAUACCGACCAUACCAAAAACAUCCUGAACUUUAUCCGAAGCGUGUCAGCCUGCUUUCCGAUUUCUUGUCAUAGUAUCAUUGAUAUAGAGAGUUGCUAUUCUGCACCGUUCCCUUGUCCUUGUCCUUGUGCUUGUGCUUGCACUAUACUGUAACCCUACCUAUACUGUACUGUCUUCUCUUCCAUUUUGACAACGAGCUUGGCGCUGGAUCGGAAUUGACUGCAAUAAAGACU